GCCAAAUCCCUUGGGGCUGGAGUUGAAGCAGAACCAAGUGAGACCGUAGAUUCCUGGCUCCAGAGCGGCCAGUCAGUAGGCUGCCAGGCAGCUUUGCUUCGGUGCUCAAGCGUUCAGCCGGCUGGCUCUCCACGGGGAGGAAUGGCGCUGCAAGUGGAGCUGAUACCCACCGGGGAGAUCAUCCGCGUGGUUCAUCCUCACAGACCAUGCAAGCUUGCCCUGGGCAGUGACGGAGUACGGGUGACCAUGGAGAGCGCCCUGACUGCCCGUGACCGGGUGGGGGUACAGGAUUUUGUGCUGCUGGAAAACUUCACCAGUGAAGCUGCCUUCAUCGAGAACCUACGGCGGCGUUUCCGAGAGAACCUCAUUUAUACCUAUAUUGGUCCUGUCCUGGUCUCUGUCAACCCCUACCGGGACCUACAGAUUUACAGCCGGCAGCAUAUGGAACGCUACCGUGGCGUCAGCUUCUACGAAGUGCCACCCCACUUGUUUGCAGUGGCUGACACUGUGUACCGGGCAUUGCGCACUGAGCGCCGGGACCAAGCUGUAAUGAUCUCUGGGGAGAGUGGGGCCGGCAAGACAGAGGCUACCAAGAGGCUGCUGCAAUUCUAUGCAGAGACCUGCCCAGCCCCUGAGCGAGGUGGCGCGGUGCGCGACCGGCUGCUGCAGAGCAACCCUGUGCUGGAGGCCUUUGGAAAUGCCAAGACUCUCCGGAAUGAUAACUCCAGCCGGUUCGGGAAAUAUAUGGACGUGCAAUUUGACUUCAAGGGUGCCCCUGUGGGUGGCCACAUUCUCAGUUACCUUCUGGAGAAGUCCCGGGUAGUGCACCAAAAUCAUGGGGAGCGCAACUUCCAUGUCUUCUACCAGCUGCUGGAGGGGGGUGAGGAGGAGACACUGCGUAGACUGGGCUUGGAACGCAACCCUCAGAGCUAUCUGUACCUGGUGAAGGGCCAGUGUGCCAAAGUCUCCUCCAUCAAUGACAAGAGUGACUGGAAGGUUGUCAGAAAGGCACUGACGGUCAUCGACUUCACGGAAGAUGAAGUGGAGGACCUGCUGAGUAUCGUGGCCAGUGUCCUGCAUCUUGGUAACAUCCACUUUGCUGCUGAUGAGGAGAGUAAUGCCCAGGUCACCACUGAGAACCAGCUCAAGUAUCUGACCAGACUGCUCGGUGUGGAAGGCUCAACCUUGCGAGAAGCUCUGACACACAGGAAGAUCAUAGCCAAGGGAGAAGAGCUCCUGAGCCCACUGAACCUGGAACAGGCUGCGUACGUGCGGGAUGCCCUUGCUAAAGCUGUGUACAGCCGAACUUUCACCUGGCUGGUCAGGAAGAUCAACAGGUCUUUGGCCUCCAAGGAUGCUGAGAGCCCCAGCUGGCGAAGCACCACAGUUCUUGGGCUCCUGGACAUCUAUGGCUUUGAGGUGUUUCAGCAUAAUAGCUUUGAGCAAUUCUGUAUCAACUAUUGCAACGAGAAGCUUCAGCAGCUCUUCAUCGAGCUGACACUCAAAUCGGAACAGGAGGAGUAUGAGGCAGAGGGUAUUGCAUGGGAGCCUGUCCAGUAUUUCAACAACAAGAUUAUCUGUGACCUGGUGGAAGAGAAGUUCAAGGGUAUCAUCUCCAUCUUGGAUGAGGAGUGUCUGCGUCCUGGAGAGGCCACAGACAUGACCUUCCUGGAAAAGCUGGAGGACACCAUCAAGCACCAUCCACACUUUCUGACGUACAAGUCACUGUGCCCAGAGACAUGGCCCACAUGGACAGGACGGCCCCAAGAUGGGGUAGCUGUACUGGUCAGACACUUAGGCUAUAAACCAGAAGAGUACAAGAUGGGCAGGACCAAGAUCUUCAUUCGUUUCCCCAAGACACUGUUUGCCACAGAAGAUGCCCUUGAGGUCCGGAGGCAGAGCCUGGCUACAAAGAUCCAGGCUGCAUGGAGGGGCUUUCACUGGCGGCAGAAAUUCCUCCGGGUGAAACGAUCAGCCAUUUGUAUCCAGUCAUGGUGGCGGGGAACAUUAGGCCGGAGGAAAGCAGCCAAGAGGAAGUGGGCAGCACAGACCAUCCGGAAGCUCAUCCGUGGUUUCAUCCUACGCCACACGCCCCGUUGCCCUGAGAAUGCUUUUUUCCUGGACCAUGUGCGCACUUCAUUUCUGCUUAACCUGCGGCGGCAGUUGCCCCGGAAUGUUCUAGACACUUCAUGGCCCACGCCCCCACCUGCCCUUCGUGAGGCCUCAGAGCUUUUGCGAGAGUUGUGCAUGAAGAACAUGGUAUGGAAGUACUGCCGGAGCAUCAGCCCUGAAUGGAAGCAGCAGCUACAACAAAAGGCUGUGGCUAGUGAAAUCUUCAAAGGCAAGAAGGAUAAUUACCCUCAGAGUGUCCCCAGGCUCUUCAUCAGUACGAGGCUUGGCACCGAUGAAAUUAGCCCCAAAGUGCUGCAGGCCCUAGGCUCUGAGCCCAUCCAGUAUGCUGUGCCAGUAGUGAAAUAUGACCGAAAGGGCUACAAGCCUCGCUCCCGGCAGCUGCUGCUCACGCCCAGCGCUGUGGUCAUCGUCGAGGACGCCAGAGUCAAACAGAGGAUUGAUUACACCAACCUGACUGGAAUCUCCGUCAGCAGCCUGAGUGACAGCCUGUUUGUGCUUCAUGUGCAGCGGGAGGACAAUAAGCAGAAGGGGGAUGUGGUGCUACAGAGUGACCAUGUGAUUGAGACACUGACCAAGACAGCCCUCAGCGCAGACCGAGUGAACAAUAUCAACAUCAACCAGGGCAGCAUCACAUUUGCCGGGGGCCCUGGCAGGGAUGGCAUCAUCGACUUCACACCUGGCUCAGAGCUGCUCAUCACCAAAGCCAAGAAUGGGCACCUGGCUGUGGUGGCCCCACGGCUGAAUUCUCGGUGAUGAAGGAGCCCUCUGGACCCCAACCUGAUUCCUGAUGCUUUGCUUACCCCCUCUGCCCCUCCCAGUUACCAAAGACUCGAGCUUCCAGACAGGGACCUAGGGACACCUCAAAGCCCACCUGAAAACUCCUGCCCCUAUUCACCCUCUCUUAAGGGGUAUCAGGGGCCAGGGAGCUACCCCAGGAGUGGGCCAGGCCGGGCCACAGCAAUAGGAAAAUGGGGCGAGCAAGCCAUGUCAGCCCCCCUGCUGAUGCCAAUACAUGAGGGAAGGGAAUUUCUGUUGAGGUUUUCUCUGAGAUUUUUUUUUUUUGAUGCUUUAUAGGAAAAUAUUUUUUUAAAAAUCCGUUUUCCUACCCCCAAGACACACUGGAUGUGUUUUCCCUGAUUCACACAGGGCAAGGAAUGUAGCUAAGAGUUGAGUGGGGUAGGCUGUGGGGCCCUCUUCCCUAUCCUGAACACCUCUCCUCCCUCCUGGCUACCUUGCCUCUCUGUCUGCCUACCCACCUGCCCCUUUUGCAGCCCACUGACCGCCACCUGCCUGCCCCCAUAUUCCUGCCUUAAGAAUAUCCUUUCAGCCAGGCACCAGUGGCUCACUCCUGUAAUCCUAGCUACUCAGAAGGCUAAGAUCUAGAGGAUCAUAUUUCAA